AUGAAGCGCAUCUUCACUAUGGCUGCCCCCGCGGUCGCCCUCCCGACGUUGAUCGCCACCCUGAUCUCCACCACCACCUGCGAUAGCUGUAUCGCCCCAACCUCGUUCGUCUACUCCAACAACACGUUGCUGGCGACGCUGGAGCCGGUGGUGCCGCUGUCGUCGUCGGUGGAACCCGACACCACCGAGUACGACAUCUACGAGCUGACAGAGACGGUGUGCCGUGGCUCCGUGUGCGACUUGACCACUAACAUCUACUCCAAGCUGACGGUGACCACCACCAUUGGCGGCGAGUUGACGCUGUACGUGACUGGUAUUCUCCAGGAAACGCUGCUGUCGGUUGCUCCUUGGAACAACGACACCACCCUCACCACCACCAUCGACAACCAAGUGACGGUGAUCACCACCACCAGAGAGUCGGCCGAGCCCGUCGAAGUGACCCUGUACGUCACCGAGGAGGAUGUGUACACUCUGGACGUGGUGGAAACUCAAGUGCAAGAGACAGUCGUCAUCGUCACUCAGUGUGGCCCUGACGGGUGCUCGGAAGUGCAACAAACUACCAGCACCACCGUGCUCUCUACUCACCCUGAGACCAAGACUAAGACCACCACCAAGGCGGUCGAGGCCACUGAAACCACCACCACCCAAUUGCCGCCUCAAAUCGAAGACGCUACUCUGUACGUGACCGAAGCUGAACCCACCACCGAAAACGUCGUCGACACCGUGCUGGCCGAAUCUGUUGUCUACACUACUGUGUGUGGUCCUACCGGGUGCAUCGUGGUGGAAAAGACGUCGACGCUGGUGGUGCCUGAAACUACUACCACCGCUACUACCACCACCGCUCCUGCUGACGACGUUGAGGCGACGCUGUACGUCACUGAAGUGAACGAAAACACCGUCAACCACGUCGCCACCGAUGUCUCCGAACAAGUGGUUGUGGUGUCGCAACAAAAGCCUCUGUCGGAGGCCCCUGUCGAUGAAGUCUACGAGACUAAUAUCCUGACCACCGUGGUGGUUAUCACUCUGUGUGCUGACAACAAGUGCUUCGAAACCACCGUCACCACCACCUCGUGCCCCGAAGAACCGCAACCGACGACGACCACAGUUUGUGAAACUUGUGAUGCCGUGUCGGUCCCUUCGCCCGAGGAAGAGCCCACCGUUGUGCCUCAACCCACCACUGAACCGGCGCCCGUGCCUUCGCCCGAACCUACUGUUGCUCCUGUGCCUUCGCCCGAACCUACUGUUGCGCCUGUGUCCUCGGCUGAACCUACUCUCGAGCCGACUACUGAACCCACUACUACUCAGCGGGUGCCUACUGUCGACGCUCAACUGGCACCGCCGUCCUUGUCGAUUGUCAACGUCAUUGAAAACAACAUCUCCACUCAACUUCCCCCUUCAGUGGUGGCGUCAAAAUCGGAUGCUCCCACUCAGGGAGCGAUCCCCACCUUUGAUGGAGGUGCCAGAUCGCUCACUGCUUCCGGAGUGCUCGGGGUUCUCGUGGGGUUGGCGAUGUUGAUGUAG